AAAAAGGAGUUUUUCCUCGCUCGCCGUCGUCGCCGUCAGUGUUUUUCGGGCUGCGGAUAAAGUGCAAGUUUUCUGAUUGAUUUCGGUCGAGUUCGGUCGCGGAAAGUGUGUGAAUCGCGAAAGUGCGUGCGCAAUUACCGCAAUCGGUAGCCGGGUGGUUCGAAAUUGUGGAUUUGAGCCGAUAAAAGUGAAUUUAAAAGUCGCCCAUUUUUUGUGUGAUCCCCACAGUGAGAGAAAGGAGGAAGAAAAAAAAAAGGUUCACACAGCAUUGAUUAUAGCAAGACGGGGCGGUGCACUGCUGUGUGUGUGCGUAUGUAUAUUCGCCAUCUGAAAGUGCAUUGGUGUGUGUGAAUGGUCGGCGCAGACAUCGAAAGACACGGGAGCAGCGAGAGAUUAACCCUUGCAUGGCCUUGGUUGUGGUUGUGCAGCAGUGAAUAAAAACUUCAAUCUGCUCCGCUUGUUGGUGUUUUUGUUGGAAGUGAAUGGAAUAAAAUCACUUUUCCACUAGGAUUGUCCUUAGCGUCAAGGACCUGUUAAGCUGAAACAAUGGUAUCACGAAGAAAAUCACAUCACGGUUCCGAAAGCAUCGUCCGUCAUCAGCAGAUAUAAAUCUAGUGGGACGGAUACUCUCCUCUGGAUCUUCCUGUUCGCUUGGCUCUUUCUGUGCCAUUUCUCCGGCAUCCUUUCUGCCUACGUCUUUCGUCAUCUGAUACCGAGACUGUUUUCCUCCGCUGGCGGAUUGUGAGUCGAUAGGAAAAGAAGAAAGGCCACAGAAAUCACGUGUCGGCAAGGAUCUUUCGGGCCAAUACAACAGCUGACACGACGCCAGGAGGGAAUACCGCGAUAAGACGCGUUUUAUCAGCUAUAGAUAUACAACUUUGCGGCGUUGGUCCUGAAAUAGAACCCAACAUAGUCAUUAGUUUGUAAGUGAUUUAGCCCAAUAUUGGUGGUGUCGGAUCAAGCGAAGUGCUGGCUUGCGCGAAACCAAACACGUAGGUGCUGUGUAACAUUUGUAAUCUCCGAUGGCAGGAAGCAUCAAGCAAGAGGAUGUGUGCUACGUCGUAGCUAAGUAUGAUUAUGCUGCACAGGGUGCUCAAGAGCUAGAUCUAAGGAAAAAUGAACGCUAUCUGCUACUGGACGACAGUAAGCACUGGUGGCGCGUCCAGAAUUCCCACAAUCAGUCCGGCUACGUGCCUAGCAAUUACGUUAAGAAAGAAAAGAAAUCGGUUUCGCUCUUCGACAGCUUCAAGAAGAAGGUGAAAAAGGGCUCCUCGGGCAGCAAAACGUUACCGAACUGUUCUCCCUCACGACAAGUUGACAGUCCGACGAUGAACCGGAGGUUACCGCCGGAUCCAUCGGACGCGAUUGCUUCCACCCCCAUAGGAACUGCCAUAGUUAAGUAUAACUACCAAGCACAGCAGCAGGACGAACUGUCGCUCAUCAAGGGAACUCGAAUAUUGAUCCUGGAAAAGUCCAACGAUGGUUGGUGGCGCGGCCAAAGUGGCUCCGCGACGGGUUGGUUCCCGAGCAACUACACAACGGAGGAAACCGAAGACGACACCGUGCAUACGUAUGCUAUGGCGGAAAAUGUUCUAGAUAUUGUAGUCGCGUUAUACUCAUUCAACUCCAACAACGACACGGAACUGUCCUUCGAGAAGGGCGACCGUCUAGAAAUUCUAGACCGACCGGCAACGGAUCCGGAAUGGUAUAAAGCCCGCAACAACAACGGACAGAUCGGAUUGGUGCCACGGAAUUAUCUGCAGGAACUAUCCGAGUAUCUGGCGCAGCCCUACCGGGGUAACAAUGGCAGUGGGCCGGACUCGCUGGAUCGACGGCCAAAUGAUCAACAGUCGAACAACAACAAUUCCAACUCCGCCAAUAGUAAUAAUAAUAACACCCAACAACUGGACCGACCACCGCUGACGGGCAAAAGCUGGUACUACGGUGCUAUUACUCGAAGUCAAUGUGAUACGGUACUGAACACUCACGGCCACGAUGGCGAUUAUCUUAUUCGGGAUAGUGAAACGAAUCUCGGUGACUACUCAGUGUCGCUGAAAGCGCCCGGACGCAACAAACACUUCCGCGUGCAUGUGGAAGGCAACAUGUACUGCAUCGGACAGCGAAAAUUCCACACACUAGAUCAGCUAGUGGACCACUACCAAAGAGCACCUAUCUACACCAACAAGCAGGGAGAGAAGUUGUACCUGGUACGACCCCUCCCCAAGGCAAACGGCACCUAAGAAGGACCCCCGCCCACCACGACAGAGCUGAUGCACAAUAGUCGUCGCAUUUGUUGGUAGUCAGGUAAGCGUGCGUUUUUUAUGAUUAGUUUAUAUGAGACAAAAGGCAAAACCCAUACGCAUAUAAAGCUAAGUUGAAAAUAGAGGGACGUAAUUUAAGACGGAAAAUAACAUCCUUUGAAAUGAUAUUUCAUAAACAUCUUGUAUUGAUAAUUAUUAUAAUUAUUUAUUUAUCAAACUUUUGAACGAGAAUACCCCGUAAAAUACAAAAGCUGAAACAAAUCACGAAUAGAGAAAAACUGACUACUAAAUAGUGUAUUAAAAGGGGAAAAAAAUAAUAUACUCGAGGAGCAUAAUCAGAAUCUAGUGACACGAAAUUGAAUGUAUGUGAGUAUUAUAGGCGAAACGGUGCAAGAGGCACCAUCUUUAGUAUAUGCAUUUAAGCAUUAUGCUAUUAAUACCCCAGCAAACUCCGAAUAGUAUCCUAUCAAGAAGAAAGUAUGUGUUAUUAUAUCAACGCAGAAUGGCAAUUAUCCAGUCACAAAUUCAUUACGCAGAUGCUACAAAAACUGAACUUAUAUAACAAAAAAAACACAGAACACAUUUUGAAACAAAACAUAACGGUGCAGCUUCCAGAUAUUUAUUACUACUACACAUAUGAAUGGAAUAUAUAAGCAGAGUAACCCGUAUAAAUGGAUGAUUCCAGCAGAUGUCAUAAUCCGGCCAGAGCACUUUGAAAGCUUGCAUCCCGUAAUUCUUUUAACUGCAUUUCACACUGGUCUAUAGCAUAUACGUGCUGUUGCUUUUGAAUAUGAUAGAAAAUGUUAUUAGUCACAAUUUGCGAAAGGAUUUAAGUUUUCUUUGGUUUAAAAACUUUAGAAAUAACUCUGAUUUUAGUAAUCUCAUGGAAAUUGUUAACAGCUUAAUGUUUGAAGAUUUAAUUUAUCAAUUUUAAAAACAUUUUUUUACAGUGAUCAUAUUUUUUUUUAUUCUACUUAUGAACUCCGACAUUUCUACCACCGAUUCGAUUUUAGUAGUUUAAAACUCUCACUAGCUACUACUUUUAAUAGAAAAGUGACAUCGGAGUUUGAAGUUUUUAUUCUCUUCAA